AUGUCCAUCAAGAACGUCAUGAUCAUUGGUGCCGGCGGCAACCUAGGCCCAGCCGUGCUAAAAGCCUUUCUCGCAGACUCUUCCUUCACCACCACUGUGCUCUCUCGCAACGGCUCAAGCUCCACCUUCCCAUCCGGCGUCAAAGUAGUGCACGCAGAUUACGAUUCCGUCUCGAGUUUGAAGGGGGCUUUCCAGGGCCAAGAUGCCGUUAUAUCGCUUGUAGCAGGCGUCGCGCUCGGAGACCAGAACAAGCUCAUCGAUGCGGCGAUAGCGGCAGGCGUGCAACGCUUCCUUCCCUCGGAAUUUGGCGGCAAUACGACUGAUAAACGUGCACGCGAUAUUGUGCCCGUAUUCGAGGCCAAGGUGGCCGCGGUCAACUAUCUGAGGAGCAAGGAGGGCCAAAUCAGCUGGACCAGUGUCAGCAACGGGGCCUUUCUCGAUUGGGGACUGCAAGUGGGCUUCUUGGGCUUCAAUGGAUCCACCAAAACCGCAACUCUGUUUGACGAGGGCAAGGCUGUGUUUUCAGCGACAAACCUCCAUCAGGUUGGUCUCGCGCUCAUCAAGGUCCUCGAGAAGGCGGAUCUUACGCGGAACCAGUACGUCUGGGUCAACAGCUUUCAAACGAGCCAGCAGGACAUCCUGAAGACGGUCGAGAAGAUUACAGGUACACAAUGGACGGUAGAGAAGCAGAGUACGAAGAAGCUUAUUGAGGAGGGACGGGCCAAGUUGCAACGGCAGGAUUUCAGCGCCGUGGGGGAUCUCAUCCAAGCCAUGAUUUUUGGCGCAGAAGACUACUUGUGUGAUAUAUCUGGUCAAGGGUUGUGGAACGAGAAGCUGGGUCUGCCCAAAGAGGAUUUCGAGGCAACUCUGAAGAGUGCAUUGGGAUUGUAG